AUGAUGUCCACACCGUCGUCCUCCACGCAUCUUCCCCCGACCUCCCCGCAGGCCACUGCCUUGGUUGUGAAGUUUCGCUGCCUGUACACUCACGACCUACGCCGCAAGUCCAAACGAUGGCACGAUGGCUACCUUCGAUAUCAUAAGUUCAACCAACGUGUUAUGGUCUACGAUGACCAGGGGAAUUUUAUCGGCGACCACCACUGGCGAUCCCCCGAUGAGGUACAAGAUGGCGACGAAAUGGAGCUGGACAAGGGAGUCCUGAUUGAAGUGACUGAGAAAAUGGGCACGACUGAGACGGAUAUCACAACCCUAUUCGAAAAAAAGAAAUACAGUCAAGGUUCUCCGCAGACCAAAGACCAAGCGUCCCAAGUCCCCCGCGCCUCUGCCUCCGCCUCCGCACCUCUUCGUUCCUCCGGUUCGUCCCAGUCAUUUCGCUCACUCAAUGAUUUGCUGGGCAUUAAAAAGACUCCAAUCGGGCAUUUGGUUUCUCCAUACGAGCAACGGAAUCCUCCGCCACCAGCCUCCAGCAUCCAAGAACCCGAACGACCACCGAAGCGACAGAAGACAUUCUCGUUGGUGAAACAAAACGCCGAGCAAGGCUCGCGUACCCAUAGUGAGGUCAUUGAUUUAACCGAUUCAACCUAUUCAAUUCAAGGACUCUCCGCAAGGCAAAGGUCAACUCAAGUGACAAAGGAACCACCCCGAGCCGGGGGUGAUUCUACGACUGAUGUGCUUUCAGCAAAUUAUGAGCAGAGGUCGGCAGUCCCGUCAAAACAAACUCGGCCGCAGAGACCCAAAUCUCCUUCGUUUUCAAGAGUCUCCACUUCAGCUGCAUCUGAACCAAUCUCCAGUCGACCAACAGCAGAGGAGGUAGUCCGUACAGCCACUAAGGGUGUCCAACCUGCAAGGCCCCUAGGCAAUAAAUCGAAAGAUGUACCGCCGCCUAUGCAACCACCAAGACCCCUCGGCCCCUCAUCGAGAGGUUCUCUUCCCACUGUACUCCCAGAAACAGAAACAUCCAGGCCUCGUGGAAACUUGCGUGUAGAGCAACCAUCAAUGAACCGCGAAAAUUCGUCGAAAGCUGCGUCACAUCCCAUCCCCCAACAGAGGUCUGACCCUCCAACGGUUUCAAGAAGCACUCUCCCAAAUGUACCCAAACAGUCGUCUGCUGUCCGAUCUACAGCACAGGCGCCAGUGCGUGCAGUCACGAAUUAUGUGAACCCCAUCGAACCCGUGCAUAACCAAACUUCAACCAAUGUUCCACCUCAAGCCAACGUUCUACCUCCCGCCAAUAUCUCGCCUUCAACAAACAUGCCACCUCCACCGCGUCCAUCUUCCGCAUCUUCCGUACUACGAUCUGGGGCACCUACGACGGCUCUACGCAUGGGAACCGGAAAGCCGCGCAGAAAACUGAUGUACAGUGCUUUGCUGCCCGGCGCUUCACGAACCCCAUCGCCGGCAGCCUCGGACACACCACCUGGUAGUGCAACCCGUGAACCCGCCACAAAUACCCCGGAGCAACAGCUGGCCGCCGCUCCAGGUGAUUGCUCAAUAUCAAAUGAAGAGUUUAUGCCUUCGAGCUCGACACAAUUUAUCCUCGACGAGAUGAUAAAUGAAUCAGGGUUCAAAUCGCCCUCCACAAUCAAAAGGCUAACCGGGAAAAGAUCUAUGGAUUCACCCUUGCGCAAAUCGAUAUCGGACCCGACUGCUUUGACUGCCCGCCAGAUCCGGGCAGGAGGAUCAUUCCACGCGGCCGACAAGGAAAAUGAGCCCAAAGAGCAAGGCCCCUGGACAUCUGAGGCAUUAGAUUUGUUUGACUUCUGGCCUGCUGGACGGCCAAAACCAAACGAAUAA